CAGUUUAAACGUAUGCUAACGAAAGAGUUGAGUCACUUGGCCGAAUCGAGCAAAUCUGGUAGCCAGAUAUCGGAGUAUAUAAGUAACACAUUCCUAGGUGAGACGACGACGAUGAUGAUGAUGAAAAUGAUGAGGAUGAUGGGAAUGUCAAUGAGGAUGAUGAUGAUGAUGAUGAUGAUGAUGAUGAUGAUGAUGAUGAUGAUGAUGAUGAUAAAAAGUUGA